AUGAAUAAAGACAAAUCCUUUUCAAAGAACUCCAAGGAGGAUACCCAGAAAUCAGAGAAGAAAUGCAAGGCCUUCAAGGAUAUUUCCAAAUACUUCUCUAAGGAAGAGUGGGCAAAACUUGGAUACUCAGAUAAAAUCACCUAUGUGUACAUGAAGAGAAACUAUGACACCAUGACUGGUCUAGGUCUCAGGGCCACCCUCCCAGCCUUCAUGUGUCCUAAAAAGGGGGCCAUGAAAUCCAGUGGGCAUGAUUCUGAUGAAGGUCAGGACCCCAAGAAUCAGGAUACUGCAGAUAACUACAGGAGUCUCUGGAGUUUGGGACUAUUUGCCAACAAAGAAAAAUUCCUGUUUAUCACUUUCUUUCAGGUGAUGCUCAAGAAAGCAAUAAAGGAAGAAAGUGAUUCAGAACCAAUACCAAUAACAUCUGGCCCUGAGCAGGCUCAGAAAGAGCUGUGCCCCCCAGGAAAAGCAAGUACCUCUGGUCAACAGAGCGAGAACAUACCAGGACCCAGGAGAGGGAUGAAUAGUGUUUGGGCCUACAGACUGCGGGAAAGAAAGAACCUAAUAGUGUAUGAAGAGAUCAGUGAUCCCGAGGAAGAUGACUAA